UCCUGGCCGCUUCUAGGAUAAUGUGGCGGAGAAGCGCCAGGGUCCCCGGGAGCCUCUCUGCUCUGGUUCGCUUCGGUGCUCCAAGAGAGGAUGUGGUGGUGGCCUUGCACAGGUACUUGGGAGAGAAGAAGGUGGCUCCCCCUCCCCUCCGCUAAAUUCUUUAGCACCACUCCUGCCUUCUGCACUAAGGAAGAUGACCAAGUCAGCUGCACCAAUACAAAUGUUUCACCAGAUCAGGAGCAGAAAACACAAGUACAAACAAAGAAAAAAUUGCUGCAAUUAAUCCAUGGAAUGAAAAUAGAACUAAGCACAAAGAAGAAGAUUAUGGAGAAUGCCCAGAGCAGAUUGCUGGAAGAUGAUGAAAAAAGCAACCAACAUGUUCCAGAAUUGGAGGCAGCAGCCUCUGCUGUUGCAUCUUCACUCCCUUUCGAUAAACAAAAGACAACUUCUGAACUGUUGCAUUUGGUAAAAAAGCACAAGGAAGAAAUGAAUGCGCAUAGAAUGGCUGACCUAAGCAAGAUUAUGGCAAGCAUGAAAAUUAGAAGAAAGCCUAUUGCACGGAAAGCCUUCAAAGCAUCCAGUGAAAUUGCAUGUGAUGAAGAUGAAGAUGGCAAUAUGGCACAUAUUAAUGAAAUCGGUAGAAUUAAAAGGAAUCUCUAUUCUGAAGAAAGGCUACAGAUUUUCACUCCUAAAUCAGAGGGAGCACAUGAAACAGACUCACUAGCAAUACCAACAAUUUGGGAUCUGGAAUUUGCCAAAACUAUUACAUCCAACUUUUCACAUCCACCACAGAAUGGUUUUGAGGAGAUGAUACAGUGGACAAAUGAGGGAAAACUUUGGGAGUUCCCAAUUAACAAUGAAGUUGGUCUUGAAAUAGAUGGUGAAUUUUAUGAACAUAUAUUUCUGGAUAAGCAUUUGGCAGACUUUCCUAAAGAAGGACCAAUUCGCCACUUCAUGGAACUUGUAACAUGCGGACUUUCCAAAAAUCCCUACUUAAGUGUGAAACAAAAAAUAGAACACAUUCAAUGGUUCCGGGAUUAUUUCAAGGAAAAAGAACAGUUGCUUAAGGAAAUUGAAGCCCAUGAGAAGGAAGCCUUGGUUCAAAUAGAGAAUAUAUCGAAAUGAAAACUCCAAAAGUCAUGUUCUAAUGUAAAUAAUCAUUGAGAGGUUGCACAUCAUAAUCUGGAAAGAACCUGAUUCAGAAAUAUCAAAACUGGCAACAAUGGUUUAAUCUGGUUUGCAACUUGUUGAAUAAAAUGUAUGUUUCUUUGUUUAUUAAUGUUCUUAAAAUAGUGUUUACAAUGUUUUGCUUUAAAAAUAUUGGAGUGAAAUCAGUCUGAAGAUUAAAGAGAAACCAUCAACUGAUGUUCAUUGGUAAUGCUUACUAAUAGUGAGGAUUAAGAUAAACCUUUCUGUAUUUUUAUAGUUUUAUUUCCCCAUUUUCAACAAUGAAAAUAGAAAAUAGAAUUAGAUCCCAGAAUUUAUUCAAUUUGAUUAUUGCUUGAGAUUUAUUCCAGAAAGAAAUACCUUGCAAAAGGAUAUGCUGUUUCUUUCCACAUGGAUCUACAUAUUGCACCAGCUUAUGUUUUCUGUACCUUCAUCCUCAACUUUGUGUGUGUGUGUGUACAUUUAAUUAGAUAAUGCUUAAAUAAGAUUUUAUGCAGACUCACUGAUUGCUUUGGAAUUUGAAGAUAAAUAAUACUAGAUACUGCUUGAAAUACUUAUAUUUUUAAAACAAAUCCCA